AUGUUUACAGCUGAUCAGUCGGAUGGAAAUACGUUUUUGCGUGAACCUUACUCAAUAGAUUAUGCUUCAAUAUCAUCAUAUUCGUCGUUGCUGGAUCCAUCAUCUUGUGAAUGUAAUGGAGUUGUUCGGAUGGAUUAUCCAUUUGGAUAUAAAAAAGAUAAUAAUAUUGACAUUUUGGGUUCUUGUAAUGGCUUGAUUUGCAUGGGCAUUUCAAGAGAUCGCGAUUCUGCCACUAAGUUAUAUAAAGACAAUAGUAUUUGUAUAUGGAACCCAUCAACUAGGGAGUAUAAGAAAAUACUGAUACCUAGGCAUGAUACUGGUUACUACUCAGCUAAUCCUUGCAGAGUCAGAUAUGGCUUCGGUUAUGAUGGCACCAUCGAUGACUACAAGUUGGUAAGGAUCUUAGGGUCAAGUACAUGGAGUUGCGCUCAAAAAAUUCCUUAUAAAUUUCCUCAUGCCAGACGAUGCCGUGGUUUGCUUUUCAAUGGAACUCUUCAUUGGUUGGGUUUCACCAUCACCCAAGAAAAUUCUCCUGAAGUUAUUGUGUCUUAUGAUAUUAGCAAUGAGAAAGCCCUUGAACUGCCAUUGCCAGAAGAGACUAUGUUACAACUAGGAAAUCAAAAUGCCCAUAAAAAUAUAGGAAUGUUGAGUGAUUGUCUUUGUUUAGUCUUAAAUUUCCCUCCAGUUCAUAGGUAUAUAUGGGUGAUGCAGGAGUAUGGAGCUGAUGCAUCUUGGACUAAACAGUACACAUUUAUCCAUCAAAUGAUAUCCAAUUUCGUUUACUCGAAGCCCAUAUGGUCUCUUAGAAAUGGGGAAAUUCUGAUCGAUGUUGACUACGGAUUUCUUUUAUUUGAUCCAAGCAAUGGAUCACAGAGAAUGUUGGAAGUCCAGGAAUUCCAUGACACAUAUUUUCUCGGACAGCCAGUGAUUUAUAUGGAGAGCCUGGUUUCGCUUAACACUGGUACUUAUGUGUAG